CUCUCACCGUGGAUAGAAGUUCAAGUUGUGUCACGGUGAAAAAUAAUGGUAAUCGCAAAUCGCUACUAUAAAUGACGUAAUGUUUUUGUGCUGAAUGAAAAAAGUAUUCUGAAUAGCAGAUCGCCAAUGGAAUCUUUAAAAUCAUUCUGUAGUGCUUGAGAGUGUUUCUGAACCAAGUUAAAAAUAUAUUUGUGCAAUUCGAAAAAGCCUUGUGAUUCGUGUGAAAAGAUUUGCGAAGCAAAAAGGGGAGCUCUAGCUGACUAGCUAGUUUGUGUGCCGUGGUGCUAAAGUCCCAGUCGGGAGAGGAAUGAAGACAUUCGAAAAAGAAAAUGGUUGAUAAUUUUCAGUGCGCUGGCUACACUUUUUACUCUAAGUUUGAUUCGGGAAAUUUGGGUAGAGUUGAACUAGUGCGAUGUUGUGAUGGAUUAAACAUAGUCGGUAACAAUGCUAGCAGCAGUAGCUUGCCGUCCGCAUCCAGUACCCACGUUUCUACCGGGUUGCUUUUGUCGGCCAGCAGUCCACAGGCACCAGCACAAAAGUUUGCAUCGGGUGGCUCGCUAGUAAUUAUUGGCGCAAAUUCACCUCCCGCACAGAUAGAAACAGCAACACCCUGUCCACUCUCACCUUUGUCUCAGCAACUCCCACUUGGACCAUCAGGUGGAGCCGCCUCGUCAGCGGUGAACAGCAAUUCGAUAACCACUAUUGCGCCUCUAGAGCUGCAUCACCAACUACUCUACCAGUCCCAUCAUCAUGCCAGCUUCGUCGAGGUGGAAUUUAAUCUCUGGACACGACCCGAUUGUGCCGGAACACCGUACGAAAAUCAGAACAGGACGUGGUUUUAUUUUGCCGUGACGGGUGGUCGUCCUCAUCAGAUUGUCAAGUUUAAUGUAAUGAAUUUGAACAAGCAGGCCAAAUUAUUUAGUCAAGGCAUGCAUCCGGUGAUGAAAGUCGGCCCCGGUGGCCGGUGGGAGCGCACCAAGGACAAGCCCUCUUACGCAGUUACAAACGACGUAUUUUUCAUAUCGUUCCUCCAUCGGGCGCCGGACUCGCCUGAAACCAAAACAUAUUAUGCGUUCACUUUUCCGUUCAGUUAUAAUGACCUGCUCGAGCAAUUAGGAAAUUUUGACAAGCGAUUCGGUCGACAUCCGUUCGAGCUGCACCAGAUAGCUCAUGAAGUUGCUCAACAAUUUGAACCCACCACUGAUCCCGCAGUCGUGGAAGCCACUCCAGUAAGUGGGAAUUCUGGGUUGUCUAAAAAAAGCAAACUAGUUAAAGAGUGCAAGGUGGAACGGUGUAGCCCGGAAUCGUUGGAUGAUACAGCACGUGACGGCACGGGAAAUGAUGAAGAAGAUUUGUCGAAAGUCAAUACCGUGGGAGCUAAUGGAUCAAAACACGUUGAAGAUCCCGAUCUCGUGUCAGCGAUGUCAAUCGAUGACAGCACGUCCGAAUCCAUGCAACAGAUAACCAAUCUCGUGAAAGGAGUAAACAUUGAACUACAACCGCAGCCGUCUAAACCAUCGAUUGCUGAAUCGAGCAAAAUAAAGUUACCAUUUUUUCAACAAAUAUUGCAUGCACCCGCGAUAGAUGAUGAAGGAAAAAUCUCGAAUGUUGAUCUAAGAGAUGAUAUCUAUUACUAUAGGGAACUGCUUACGCAUUCCGUUGAGCGGAGGCGGAUUGAGCUGUUGACUAUCAGUUCCUUCCACGGUAUUCAAACAGUGCGUGAAGAACGAUUACGGAACUUAUUUCCCGAUGAGAAAACGCCUAGGUGCCAUACGUUUAAAAAUAAGAAAAUUAUUUUCAUCUCCUCCAGGGUGCACCCAGGUGAGACGCCUGCCAGCUUUGUACUGAACGGGUUUCUUAGUAUGCUACUUGAUAGAAAAAGCAUCGUUUCAAUUACGCUUAGGAGGAUGUAUGUGUUCAAAAUUGUCCCUUUCCUUAAUCCAGACGGAGUUUACAAUGGUCUUUACAGAUCGGAUACUCGAGGCCAUAAUCUAAAUAGGGUAUACCUCGCUCCCAACUGUGAAACCCAACCUGCUAUUUACGCCGCUAGGAAACUAAUUAGAUAUUAUCAUCUCGGUGCAGAUGACCCAGAACCUUACGAAUUGGAGAUUGAAAAGAAAAUAGCUACUCUGAUUAAAACUCCUAACACGAGCAGCGAUGAAAAUGUCAUCGCUUCUUCAGCGGAAGAAAAAUCAGUCUCACCAGCAGAAAUGGCUGCUGCACCGAAAAAAGGUACAAUAAGUAAGCAAAACGCGCAGAAGAAACAAACUGAAAAUAUGCAGUACACAAUGUCUAGACUUCCAAAACUAACACUGUCGACAGCUCAAUCCCUAAUUGAUACCUCGAGUGACAGGCGCAAAGGUCGAAUUUCCUCUAUAUUUAAGAAAGGUUCAAUUACAACACCUUCAACAUCCGCCACACCAUCUAGUGGCUCCAGUACGUGGCCGGCUAAAUUGUUGAAUAAGGUUUUCCGGCGUCGUAAAACAGUCGAAAAUGCUCGAUUACAUCAGCUUCCUCCGAUAUCGCGCCGUAAAACAUCUCUUGCGCUUGCGCCGGUUGUUGAGGAAACGGUCGAACCCGAAAGAACUGUUCCGACUGAAACAAGCCGCCCCACUUUGCUACUCUUGAGCCAAACGAGCAGUUUGAUUGUGGAAAUUUCGCAAUCUUUGGAGAAAAACUGUGUCGACGAUUCUGAAUCCACUGAAGAGAACACACCUUCCACAUCGGACUCAGGAUUUGGAGAACAGGCGCUAUCAAAAAGUAGCACGAUCUCAAAAUCAUCCUCGACGAUUACAUUAAUUGAAACAGAGAGUCCAAUGGUAACGACAUCAGUUCCUACAGUUAUGACCAACCUGACGGCGACGACAACUGACGAUGUUCCAGGUUCUGCUACAAGUAACGUUAGACCGGACGGUGCUGCGUCGAGCGAAACCGGUUCCCUCGCAACGACCGAGGAAGUUCUGCCUGCACCAAAAGUGUUCACCGAACAGCUGAUCCCUGAGUUGCUCCCAAUCGUAACUGAGAGUGGCUUUGGGGUGCGCCCGAUCCGUAGUGCAUCAAAUCUUAGUACUGCCAGCAGCAUGGCCAAUGCGAGCACAAUCACACACGUCAGCAUCAAGAAAACUCCUAUGGUGACGGCCAAAGUAGACACCGGGAGAAAAACUACUUCCUUCAAAAAUGCACCAAACAAACCAAAUUUGUUGGCAGCUGCUUUCAACGUAAUUAAAAAGAAAGAUUUCGCAGUAUCUCACACGAAACAGCAAUCAUAUCCUAUGUCACAACAACAACAGUCAUCUUUGGGAAAACUCGCUGGAACGGGCAGCAAAAAAACUUCCACUUUACAUCAUAAACGGGGCGAGACCAAGUUGCGUCCUCAGACGCAACAGAUGUACAGCCAUUUUCGGUCCCACCGCAAUGAGUAUUUGAAUCCUGCAGGUCAGAAAAGCAUUAAUAUUAGCUUGGAUUAUUUAGCCCAACUGGACGAAAAAAUUGAUAAGAGUUUGUACGAGGAGAAGAGCAAUAUGUUCCUAUACAUUGAUCUACAUGGCCAUGCUUCUAAGAAGGGCGUUUUUAUGUACGGCAAUCAUUUGCCUAGUACGAUUGAGGCUGUAGAAUGCAUGCUACUGCCACGACUGAUGAGCAUCAAUUCUCAACAUUUUCACUACGACGCAUGCAACUUCAGUGAGCGUAAUAUGUAUUAUAAAGGUAAACGAGAUGGCCUUUCGAAAGAGGGCUCCGGUCGCGUGGCCAUCUACAAGUGUACGGGUUUGAUUAAAAGCUACACGCUGGAAUGCAACUAUAACACAGGCAAAAGUGUGAAUAUAUUGCCACUUAAGGGCAAAGAAACCCCUUCUACCAAAGUGCAGUCACCUGUGCCCCCAAAGUACACACCGGCUGUGUUCGAAGAGGUUGGACGAGCUCUUGGUCCAUCUAUCCUGGAUCUAACCAACUCCAACCCGCAAUCGCGACUACCGAACUCGGAGUUUCGUACGCUGCAGGGUUUGCGCAACACUCUUCGCAUCGAAAUCGAGAGGGGUUCUUCAAAAGCUCGUGUCACCAACAAGGUCCCGAAGCCACAUUCCAAACGUCUUAGUCAGCAAUCGUCCAGCUCAAUGGAGAUUGCAAAAGAGAAUGCCAUCCAGUGGGAGAAUAUUGCUGGUGCACAAACUAGUUCAGUAACGGGAGCAGGAGGCUGUAGUUCGACAGGAACAGGUGUUGCCGGAAAUGGCAAUGGAAAGCUCAACGUAGUCGGUGAACCCCUUGGAGGUAACGGAAAUUCGUCAGCCUGCUGCUCAUCUGCAGCCUCAAGCGGAGGAAGGCAAUUUUUGAAAAGUGGUUCACUUAAGGCCCAUUCUGGAAAAAUCUCCCGCAAAGGCGCGGGUGUUGGUGGGAAAGUUUUCGGCAAGAAGGAUGCUAUAAAGAAAAGUAAGAUUCUCUGUGAAUCCGCUGUAGGAGGAGCGGUUGUAACUGGCAGUAAAAAGUUGCAGGAAAUAAUCCGCAGUAAAGAUCAGCAUCAAGUGCCUCGUAAGAAAAUCAAAGUGUCGCCACCGCAUCAACACGGAGCCGCCGAUGAUGGAUUCGAUAUAUGUUUCAAAACCAACCUGUCUGCGACAUCUUUGCCAAAUUUUUUAACCAACCCACCAUCACUGAGUGAGCUCCCACUAUCGAAAAAAGUGAAAUCGGAAUCGAAGUUGCUCGACGAAUGUCUGGAGUGUGAUGACAGUUUAGAUGCCAUACCCUGUUGUUCGUACUCACUUCCUACAACUACCAGCUCAAAUACCGUUGUACUGACCAAGCUCAUGACCACCUACCCCCAAGUAGGAUCACCUGGAAUGGUAGUAGGAACAAACGAAUUAUUGCCUGCAUCUCCCGGUGGCGCUGGUGCCACACCAAGUAACGUGGCUACAGGUAUUAGCAUCGCUAUGGCAGGUAGUUCUUCCUCCGGGGUAGACAAAGAACCAACAAAGGAAAGUCGUUUCAGUAAAUUCAGCAAAGCAACAUCCGCAAAACAGCAAGCCAAACUGGGUAAGUCGACCAAAUCAAGUGACGGAGGCAAAAUGCUGAAAAAGAAACGCUCACUUAAGACUGACUCGAAUCUUAAGCGAAAGAAAACAAGAAUUAAACCGGCUCUCACCUAAGAAUGGGGCUGCGCAGCAAGGCGGCGUCGCCCUUGUAAGCUGGCAAAUCAGCAGAAGUUGUGAUUUAACAAGAAACUCUUUAGUUUAUUUCAUUUCAUAAUUUAUCGUUUUUUUACAUAUAUAAUAUUUUAUACGCUUUGUUGACAAUUGGAUUUAAACGGUAUAGCUUUGAUAGGGGUUUGAGCUUAAAAGUGAUUUUAAGAACGGGAUUGAACAGAAUUUUAUAUCAUUUACUAAAAAGUAAAAAAAAAACAUACAAUGUGCUGUAUUAAAGAUAGAAAUAGGCAUAUUUUGUUAGGUUUACUGUGCAUACAUUUGUGUACUGCCAUUUACAAUUCUUGCUAGUAUUAUUUCUACGGUAAUGCGAUUUGUUAGAAUAGACACAAUAGGUAAAUAAUAUAAAAUUCCAUUUUUCCGAAAAAUUGAAAUGAUUUUCGCAGCUUAACGUUCGUCAUUUUUUGCCAGAAAUAAAACAACAGUCAUAACAGUCACAAACAGGAAAGGUAAUUUGAAUUUUACGAUCAGUCGCCCAACAUAUGAUACCUAUUUGAAAUUACAGUGUAUUGAAUGGUAAUUUUUUUUUUUUU